AUGGCUGUGUUUUGGUCCCUGCCCGUUGUUGCUGCCCUGCUGUUCGUGGCGACGAGCGGGGCAGCGGAGAAGACGUAUCAGAACCCGGUUAUUGAUAGCAAUCAUCCCGAUCCGGGGGUGUACCUGGAGGAUGGUCUCUACUACGCCGUGACGACCUCGGGUGACGAUGAUAACAGUUUUCCCAUCCUGACCUCUUCGGAUCUUGUCAACUGGACGCAGCGCGGCUACAUUUUUCCUUCCGGUCAGCAGCCGAGUUGGUCCAAGUUGGAUUACUGGGCACCCGAGAUCCAUCGGGUGGCACCACACCGCUACAACUGCUAUUUUGCGGCGCGGCAUACCGAUGGAACGUUGAGCGUGGGGGUCGCUACGGCCACCAGCCCUCUGGGCCCUUACACGGAUCUGGGCUAUCCACUUGUCCACACGCCGGGCAUGGGGAACAUCGACGUGUCCUUCUUCAAUGACACGGAUGGUCGCCAGUAUCUGGUUUGGAAGCGUGAUGGCAAUGGUGCCAGCCCCCCGGUACCUACCCCGAUCUUUGUGCAGCAGAUCACGAACAACGGAACCACGCUCGUGGGCGAGGCCCACCAGGCCAUUACGAAUGACCAAGCAUGGGAGGGUCCUUUGGUGGAAGGACCCUGGAUCAUUUUGAGGAAUGGCACAUACUACAUCUUCUAUUCGGCCAAUGGAUUUACCUCGCCCAAAUACGCGCUUGGUGUGGGGCGCGCGGACACAGUGACUGGCCCUUACACCAAGGCCACUGAUAAUCCCUUUUUGGCCAGCGAUAGCAGCUCGUCACCAGCGUCGUUUCGUGGCCCCGGCCACUGCUCUGUAGUUGGUACGGUGGGUGGCAACUGGCUUGCAACCUGGAUGUCGGUGUGCCUUCCUGCAAAUUGCCCGUCAUCCCCCUUUUUUGUGGAGCCACGUGCCUACGGUUGUGACUUUUAUGCGCUUGGCCUUAGUCGCCAGCACCUCUCUGACUGGGCGGUGGUGUACCACGCGUGGCAUGAAGGGGAAGUGGGCAAUUCCUACCGCCCCAUGAUGCUAGACCAACUGUUUUGGAACGAGACGACGGGCUGGCCCUAUGUUCGUAACCGUCAAGCCUCUUUUACGCCUGAGCCUUACAUUGCUUAA